ACGCAUCGUGUAGGUCAAUCUAUUUCUCUCGCAUUCACCGGUUGAAACAUAUUCCAACUUCCAACCUCAAAAAGUGAAAGAUGGCUGCUUUGAUACCAAAGAGUAGUUUUCGAAUCGCAAAACGACAAACGGUACGCUCUGCCAGUGUUGCUGUACAGAUUUGCUACUACUCUGAUUCUCCAAGGGUGAUAAAAAAUGACAAUCCAGCUUCUUUCAAACGCGGCACCGGAGGACGCAGCUCGUUCAACGGCGUUGUCUGCACAGUUUUUGGCUGCUCAGGAUUCCUCGGACGCUAUGUCUGCAAUAAGCUUGGAAAGAUUGGCACCCAGAUGGUUCUUCCUUAUCGCGGAGAUGAAUAUGAUAUCAAGCGACUAAAAGUCACGGGUGACCUAGGCCAAGUCCUGUUUCAUCCAUUUGAUCUGAGGGACGAAGAUUCAAUACGGAAAUGCAUUAAGUAUUCGAAUGUUGUGAUUAAUUUAAUUGGUCGUGAAUGGGAAACGAAAAACUUCAAAUUUGAUGACGUAAAUGUCGAAGGAGCCAGACGUCUCGCGAGGCUUGCCAAAGAGGCAGGUGUUGAGCGCUUUAUUCAUCUGUCUGCUCUGAAUGCCAGUUUAAACCCUGAGCCUAUCCUACUGAGUGGGGGUUCUCGAUUUCACAAGUCAAAGGCAGCUGGUGAACUUGCCGUCAAAGAAGAAUUUCCCGAAGCUACUAUAAUCCGACCUUCGGUCAUUUAUGGACAAGAGGAUCGUUUCAUAAAAUAUUAUAAUCAUCCCCUGAGAUCCUUCUUGAGAGGAAUACCUCUAUGGAAGAAAGGAGAAGCGACUGAAAAACAACCCGUCGCGGUAUCUGAUGUUGCCGCUGGUAUAGUAGCAGCGAUUAGAGAUCCGGAUUCUAUUGGAAAAACUUAUCAAUUUGUUGGACCAAAGCGGUAUCAACUAUCUGAACUACUUGAUUGGAUAUUUGCAGUGAUGAGAAAAGAUAAAUCAUGGGGAUAUUCCAGAUAUGAAUUGCGUUAUGACCCAUUUUUUAUGGCAAGAAUAUACGCCAAUGAACUUCUCAGUCCUAGUUACCCAUUCGGAAACUUGCAUUGGGAGGGAGUAGAAAUAGAACAUACUAGUGACAAACUGAAGAAGGGUUUACCAGAUUUGGAAGAUCUUGGAAUAACACCUAUUGAAAUGGAAGAUCAAGUACCUUGGGAGGUAAGGCCGUAUGCGGCGUAUCAGUACUACACGCCUGAAGCUGGUGAAUUCCCAACACCAAAUCCACCUAAGACGAUUCCAAUUCGUUUUGCUUAGUGUUGGGUCAUUGAUCAUUAGUGUAUGUAAAUUACAAAAAUACAAUACAAUGGUAGUACCUAUAAUAAAAUUCUUCUAUGCUUAUUUACAUCAGCUGUUUUCUGAGCAACGCGUUUCAUAGGGUAAGCAUAGUAAAUUGAAAUUUUUCCGUGGUCAAUGAGCUACAGUUCCAAUUAUUUUAUUUAUCAAGAACUACACUGUAAAGUCAUAUAAAUAAAAAUUACACUUGUUGAUAUUCAAUAAAAUACAGUGCUUAAUCAAA